AUGCUGUCCUCCCACAACCCCUUCCGAAACAAGGGUCUCUCGCCACAAUCAACCGGCACAUCGAGCGUCGGCACGUCGCAAUCCAACAGUUCAGGUAGCAGCUCACAGGACGUCGCUGGACAACGUCACACACCACCGCCCCGGACAGCGAGCCGCAGCGCCCUUGAUGAUAGCGACGCAUCAAGCCAUACGACCUCAUACGACAGCCCUCUCCCACCUCUCCCAGCAGACGAUUUGGACAUCCUCACGCAGGAGCUGCCCCCCGCCUACACACCCGCGCCAGAUGUCGCCAAGGGCGAGUCGACGAUAGACAUGGGUCCACGGCGGCCGUUCCAGGAGCCGGCGCGUCUACCUCGCCAGCAGCAGCGGCAGUACAUCACCCCAAUCCCGUCAUCAUGGCGGGCACAGCAGUACGCAAGCACAUUCUCGUUGAGCGGCUGGGCACAAUACCCAGGUGGCCAACGGGGUGCACGCGGCCAGGCAAACCCGCCGCCAUCGCACCCUUCGUUGCAUAGGCCUGCGCGCCCGAGCUCGGCCCCGAACUCGGAUUCGGACGGGCAGCCGCUGUCGGACUUUGCGCGCGAGUUCUACGCUGCUGGUGCGGAUGUUCCAGGCCUGAAUGCGGAGACAUCUGGGGGGGCCGCGGGACCGGGUUCGCGCAGACAGGGCAGCAGCGCCGCCCCAGACGAUGGCAGGCCAACCGAGCAGCCCACGCCGGGCCACCCGCUGCUGAGGCAUGGAAAGGUGCUGCAGUACCCCGCAGGGCAUGAGUGUGACAGAUGUCACAACACCGGUUACAGGAAUAACGACCCCACAUCGCCGUGUCUGAGAUGCUGGGACAAGUACGGCCGCCCGUUCAGCGGUGCCCUCACCUACAUAUCAUGGAACGCGCCUCCAGACCCCUCCUCGCGGCAUGCCUACCAGCGGCCACUCCCGCGCUUCACUCCACCUCACCUAUCCGGGUCCGGGUCAGGACAUCGGCCAUCGCAGUCCUACGGUGGGCUUGGCUCGGAGUCUCCGCUCUCUGCACAUCCGCGCAUCGCGUCACUUUCGCGUCCAUCCGGCGCCUACGCAGGAGGUACGGGUCCGCGCGUCAUCCCUGUCGCGGGCGGCGGUGUGGCGAUGAGCCCGUACCUCGACCCACUGCAAAAUGUGCCGACAAAUGUGCGCGGCGCGAACAACGCGCCACCAGGUGCGACGAUAUUGCGUCCAGGCGACCCGCGCAUUGGCGGGCGGCUGUGCUGGCGGUGUGGGGGCGACGGCGUGACGUCGACGUUCUUAUUCCUUGAUGAGGAGACGUGCUCGCUGUGUGGCGGAAUUGGACGGACCUUCGUAUAG